GAGAGAGAGAAGCCAUGAACCCUGCAGGUCCUAACAUGGAGAAUAACAGCCGAGGUGUUUUCACUCCCGUUACUGUUGUUCAAAUUGAUGAAGAUCCAAUUCUGGUGAAAGAUCACGUUUUAUGGUCUCUGUGCAGUUUCUACUUCAUGAAUUGCUUCUGCCUUGGACUGAUUGCUCUAUGGUAUUCAAUUAGAUCCAGAGAUCAGAAAGUGGCAAAGAACCUGCAACUGGCAAGAAUGUAUGGAGAUAAAGCAAAACGCUUUAAUAUCAUUGCCUUGGUCAUAUUAGGUGUUUCCAUCUUGAUUGCCAUUAUUACAGGAAUUUCUAUAAGUGUGGCGGCACACAACUAUGUGUCAUCCUACCGACGUUAUUAUUAA